UUUUGGACAGGACCAGGACUGGAUUGGGGAGUCGGGGGAUUACAUUGUCUAAGAGUCACUGUAAAUAAUCUGGAUUUGUCAUUGGAGAGACCUGCCCUGAUCCUCCACCUGCACCUCCUCCCACUGAACGCUCCUCCCACUGAACGCUCCUCCACCUCCUCCAGACGCUCCAGCUCACCCCAGCCCCGAGCACCAUGAGCCAGUACAGCGUGACCCUGACCGGCCCCGCCCCCUGGGGCUUCAGACUGCAGGGCGGAAAGGACUUCAACAUGCCCCUCGCCAUCUCCAGGCUGACCGACGGAGGGAAGGCCGCCAAAGGGGGCGUCGCCGUGGGAGACCUGGUCCUCUCCAUCGACGGCAUCUCCACCGACGGCAUGAACCACCUGGAGGCUCAGAACAAGAUCAAGAAUUGCACCGGCAACCUCAGCCUCAACCUGCAGAAGGCUCCCAGCGUUCCCAAACCUCCUCCGGUAGCGCCGAAGGACGACAUCAUCCGACCCGUGGCCCUCACACAGCCCCUCCCCCCUCCGCCUCACCCGCGCCCCCCGGCCUCCCCCCCCGACAGCGCCCCCUGCCCCCCGCGGGACGGACCGAACCGCGGCCCGUCCCUCUUCAUCCCCUCGCCCUCCUCCGCCUUCACUCCCACCUCCUCCUCCUCCCCCAGCCCUCCUCCUCCUCCUCCUCCCCCCAUCCUGGUGCCCCCCCAGCCCUCCGUCUACAACACCCCCAUCCACCUGUACUCCGCCCAGAACGCCUGCGAGGUGGCCAUGGGGCAGAGGCGGGGCUUGUUGGAGAGCCAGGGCGGAGCUUUGGCCAACGGAGCACCUCGUAAACACAUCGUGGACACAGACAUCCACUUCUACCACGUGCCCACUCACGCCGACGCCAGCCGCAAACGCAUCAUGGAGGACACCGAGGACUGGCGCCCGAGGACCGGCACCACCCAGUCCAGGUCCUUCAGGAUCCUGGCCCAGAUCACCGGCACCGAGAACCCUCAACCAGAAGAGACAGAGACAGCCAAGGAGACGAAUGACGAGGGGGCGGAGCCGGCGGUGAACAGCCACGACACCGCAGUGGUCAAAACUAUGGUCAAGGGUCCAGCUCCGGGUCACGGAGCGCAGACGGGUUUGGUCACGCCCACUUUUGGCAUGAAGGGGAACAGCGGCGCACCCAAAGGCCCCGCCCCCAGCAGACCCCUCCCUCAGCCCCACCCCAAGGACCAGGACACACUGGUGCAGAUGGCAGAGCACUACCCCGCGGGCACCAGGACGCCCAUGUGCGCCCACUGCAGCAGGGUCAUCAGGGGGCCCUUCCUGGUCGCCAUGGGGCGCUCCUGGCACAAAGAGGAGUUUAAUUGCGCCCACUGCCGGUCGUCUCUGGCGGACAUCGGCUUCGUGGAGGAGCAGGGCUGUGUGUACUGUGAGCACUGCUACGAGGAGUUCUUCGCCCCGACCUGCAGCCGCUGUAGAGGCAAGAUCAUGGGGGAAGUGAUCAACGCCCUGAAGCAGACGUGGCACGUGUACUGCUUCCUGUGUGCGUGCUGUCAGCAGCCAAUCAGAAACAACUGCUUCCACCUGGAGGACGGGGAGCCGUACUGCGAGCCAGACUUUUACAGUUUGUUUGGGACCGGUUGCCAUGGCUGCGAGUUUCCCAUUGAAGCGGGGGAUCGGUUCCUGGAGGCUCUGGGCUACACCUGGCACGACACCUGCUUCAUCUGCACAGUUUGCUGCACGUCUCUCGAGGGGCAAAAGUUCUUCUCCAAAAAGGACAAACCUCUGUGUAAGAAGCACAUGAACACGUUUAAGAUCUGAUCCUCCUCCUCGUCUUCCGAUUGGACGUCGUCAGGGCCAAUCUGGACGCACUUCCUGUUUGUGUUAUUUCAGUUUCCAUCAGGACGGAGCGACACACAGAAAAUGCAUCUAUCUGUGUUUUAUCUUUCUGUUUUAAGCAAUAUUUUCCUGAAACCCAUGGACCCAUUAUCUUUUACUCUUCUGACACUCCACUGUGAUUGGUUAAAUCCACCUGUCACUCAAACCACAGCAAAGGCCCCGCCCACUGCAAACCCUGCUGUGGACCAGGACAUUUCCCGUUCAUUUUCCCAUUGACUUUUUGACAAAUAAUGGUGGUAACAAUUUCCAUCCAUUUUCUUCAGCCCGUCUCAGACUUCCCUCAGCCCAGACGCUUCCUCCAGCUCGUGCGGUGGGACUCUGAGGCGUCCUCAGUCGAGCCCAGAGACCGUUUUUAAUACAAAUCCAUUUAAAACGUAAAAUUGGACGUUGGUGACCUCAUCGCUGAUGAUCCUCAACGUUUAUAUUAUUUUUACAUUUUUAUUUUCACAACAGCCCCAUGUUUUUAUGUUUUAUCUCACGCCGCUAAAGUUUGAAUAUUUAUACUUUAGUUCUUAGAUGAUUUGUGUUGUAUUGUUUCAUAAAGCCAUAUCCUGUCAUUUUCUUAUAUUUAUGAAGCGGAUUUUUUAUUGUAAUGAAAAUCUUUUUUUUUAAUGGUCUAGAUCACGUGUGUCAAACUCAAGGCUCAUGGGCCAAAUGUGGCCCGCCACAUCUUUUUAUGUGGCCCGUGACAAAGUCAAUUAAAGGUCUGACUGUCUUAAAAUAUCAGUUUAUCAGGACAGUUUUUCAUAUCUGUGCAAAUCCAUAUGUGAUAUUUGUAACUUAAAUAAGUAAUAAAUGUAGAAACAGUUAAUUAACAAGAUUUAAAAACAGUUGCAUUUAUUUUACAUGACAUUUGGUCACAUUUAUUUACAUUUAUACUACAGUCACAUCGGGCCCUUUUGUUUUCAUUUUGUUGAUGUGGCUCCUGGUCUAGAUCCAUAUUUUGCUCCAGCUUUGUGUUUUUGUAAAAAGCUAAAGACGCCGCGACGCCCCAUGACUCCACAGAAUGGAUUAGAUAAAGUUUAAAUGAAUGUAAAUGUAAUAUAUAAGCACAGCUCAUUAGCGUUAGCUCUGUAGUUUGAGUUAUUUAGUAAUGUGUGCAAAUGUGUUUUUGUUCAUAUCUUUUUCAAAUUUUUCUAAAAUUUUUAUGUCGAAAUGUCAUUUUUACUUUGAGAGGUACUUUAAAGAGGAGGUGUUUAAAGAGGAGGUGUUUAAAGAGGAGGUGUUUAAAGAGGAGGUAUUUUACUUUUCUGAGGGAUUAAAUGUAACAUGUAUCAUAUUUAGAUCUCCAAGUUUCCUUUUAUUGUUUUGAAAAUGACAAAAAAACAAAAAAAACAGUUAGAUUUUUUGGCGCUCUGAGUCCCUGCCUCUGUUUGCUCCUCGUGCUAAGUCACUCCCCUUUCAGAGCACUAACACAACAUAACCAUGAGAAGUUCAUCCCGUUCAUCAAACUACUGCACGUCGCACCAGGUUUGUGAAGUCGUAGUGUACAGUUUGUAUCAUGUUUUUGUAUAUUUUUGGAGAAUGGCCGUGUGGAGCAUGGGCGACUGACGUAGGCUUGUGGGCGGAGCCUCGUACAGGAUGCUACUGCUAGCAUGCAUGCAUAAAACCUCUUCAGGCGCGUUUUUAAUGAGGAAAUAAAAUUAUAACGUGGGGAAAAGCACUGGUGUUGUUUGGGUGAUAAUAUUUGGUAAAAGGACAUUAACUUUCAUUUUUUAUUUUGUUUUUUUUUUAAUGUUUUCAUAAAAGUGUCUGAGCUUUGGGCGUCCGUUUGGUCGUCGUGUUGAGGAACGACUUUUGUACCAGUUUGAGAGAAAGUUUGUUGUAAAAUCCUCUUAAAGUGAUUAAAAGUGAA